AUAAUUCGAUUUACUUAUAUAAAUUUAAAAAUAAACAAAUGUAUAUAUUACAAUAAAAUAAUUUAUUCACAACAACAACUACAACUACUGAUUACAUUCACACCCUUAAUCAAUGUGAAUAAGUUGGAAAAUAUCAGUAAACCAGGACAACACACACACACUAACAAUUACAUAUACUGCGUGCUGUCUGAUUUGUCGUCACACUGCUGAGCACCCGUUAUCGCUGCAAAACUAUUUAAGGUUUGAACGUGACUUUAAUAGCAACAACAGCAACAAUAAUUCAAAAAGUAUAGUAAAAGCUCACAGAUAUGAUUGAUCCCAGCUCCAGUGAAGAAGAGGGUGAUGAUGAAUCCACACCUCAAGCACCACCCAAGGGACGUUUGGGCGGAAAUACGUUAGCUAAACCGAAAGCCGUAAUAACUGCAGUCGAUUCAAGCAGUAAAGCAAGCACUGGGGCAGCACGACAAAAUGGUGAUAUACCGCACAAAGCCGCUGGUAGCUCUGUUUCAAGUGGGCCAACAGAUAGUGAAAAAACUAUUGCUCCGGUGGCCGCAAGUAGUUUGUCGAGUAAAAAUGAACUGACUGCAAAUGAUUCUGUAGCUGGAGCAGGUAGCAUAUCGCAGGAAACCCUUAAUCAAAGUGCUGGUUCUUCAUCUAGAGGAAAUUCAUUGUCGCGGCCAAUAUCACCGUCGCCUUCAGUAGCGAGUGAUAAAUAUGAAUCGGGUGCUGGUCAGCCAAAACAGGGUAUUGAAGAGGAGGAGCGUAAGAAACGCAUCCAACUGUAUGUAUUCGUUUCUCGUUGCAUAUCAUAUCCGUUUAAUGCUAAACAACCUACCGACAUGACGAAAAGACAACCCAAAGUUAACAAAACGCAACUGGAUGCCAUAACUCAGCGAUUUCAAGCUUUUCUUAAGGGAGAAACACAAAUCAUGGCUGACGAAGCGUUUCGUAAUGCAGUACAAAGCUAUCAUGAUGUUUUUCUGAAAUCAGAUCGUAUUUUGAAAAUGGUCCAACAGGGUUCAUGUUCAAUGCAAGACUUCACCGAAGUUUUUCGCAAAAACAUUGAGAAACGUGUUCGUUCUUUGCCUGAAAUCGACGGUCUCAGCAAAGACACAGUGCUUACCUCCUGGAUGGCAAAAUUCGAUGUGAUACUAAAAGGCACUGGGGAGGAGGACUCGAAAAAGCCAGCUCGUUUACAGCAAUCAUUAAAUAGUGAGCUGAUACUUUCCAAAGAGCAGUUGUACGAUAUGUUCCAGCAGAUACUUAGUGUAAAGAAAUUCGAACACCAAAUCUUAUUCAAUGCCUUAAUGCUUGAUUCGGCCGAUGAGCAGGCGGCUGCCAUAAGACGUGAGUUGGAUGGCCGUAUGCAGCGGGUAAACGAGAUGGAGAAGAAUCGCAAACUCAUGCCAAAAUUUGUCUUAAAAGAAAUGGAAUCUCUUUAUAUUGAAGAACUAAAAUCAUCAAUAAAUUUAUUAAUGGCAAAUCUAGAAUCGUUACCAGUUACCAAAGGUAACAUGGACAGUAAAUACGGCUUACAAAAGCUAAAGCGUUACAAUCAUAGUACACCUUCAUUUCUGAAAAUGAUCUUACGUUCUCAUGGAUCUCUCUCGAAACUGGAAGGCGACUCUGAGGAGGGCAUUACUCAACUCUCCAAAUUAGAUGUAGUAUUGACAUUCCAGUUAGAAGUAAUUGUGAUGGAAGUUAAAGGGCUUAAAUCGUUAGCCCAGAAUCGAAUUGUCUACUGCACUAUGGAGGUUGAAAAUGGAGAAAAAUUGCAAACAGAUCAAGCUGAGGCCUCCAAACCCAUGUGGGAUACACAAGGUGAUUUUACAACGACUCAUCCUUUGCCCGUAGUAAAAGUUAAGCUAUACACCGAAAAUCCCGGCAUGCUUGCUUUAGAAGAUAAAGAACUGGGAAAAGUGAUAAUUAAACCUACACCAUUGUCAUCCAAAACUCCUGAAUGGCAUCGCAUGACUGUGCCGAAGAAUUUGCCCGAUCAAGAUUUGCGUAUUAAAAUUGCAUGCCGUCUAGAGAAACCACCCAAUAUGAAGCACUGUGGUUAUUUAUACGCCAUUGGAAAAUCGGUGUGGAAAAAGUGGAAAAAACGUUAUUUUGUACUAGUUCAAGUGUCUCAAUACACCUUCGCCAUGUGUAGUUACAAAGAGAAGAAAUCCGAACCAUCGGAAAUGAUGCAGUUAGAUGGUUAUACGGUUGAUUAUAUCGAAGGUGCUAGUGCAAGUUUAAUGUUUGGCACCGAUUUAAAUGGCGGACGUUUUUUCUUUAAUGCUGUGAGAGAAGGCGACAGCAUCGCUUUCGCAUGCGAUGAUGAAAAUGAAUGCAGUUUAUGGGUGAUGGCCAUGUAUCGUGCCACAGGCCAAUCCCACAAACCCACGCCGCCAGUUACUCAGGAUAAAAACUCGGCCAUAUCGAAGAUUCAAGGUGAUGCGGACAAGGCACGCAAACACGGCAUGGAAGAUUACAUUAGCGCCGAUCCAUGUACUUUAGAUCAUGCUGUGUUCUUCAAAAUGCUGCAAAAUCUCGCUCUAGAAUAUCGCCUUAAUGAUCAAUACGCUUCCCUCGGUUGGUUUAGUCCCGGACAGGUGUUUGUAUUGGAUGAAUAUUGUGCACGUUAUGGUGUUCGUGGCUGCUAUAGACAUCUUUGUUACCUCUCAGAUUUGUUAGAUCGUGCCGAAAAAGAUUUCAUGAUCGAUCCAACACUCAUACAUUAUUCAUUCGCCUUUUGUGCCAGCCACGUACACGGUAAUCGCCCCGACGGCGUUGGUAGUAUUACCCACGAAGAAAAAGAAAAGUUUACCGAGAUCAAAGAACGCUUAAGAGUUUUGCUAGAAUAUCAAAUAACCAAUUUUAGGUUUUGCUUUCCAUUUGGCCGCCCUGAAGGUGCUCUCAAGGCAACAUUAUCUCUACUAGAACGUGUUCUUAUGAAAGACAUUGUUACACCCGUGCCACCAGAAGAAGUUCGUCAAAUGAUUAAGAAAAGUUUAGAAUCUGCCGCGUUGGUGAAUUAUACACGUCUAUCAUCCGAAGCGAAAAUCGAAGAGGAUUUGCGCGGCGAAGUUGCAGUACCUCCUGCGAGAAAACUAGAAGAUUUGAUACAUCUAGCAGAACUAUGCGUUGAUUUACAGCAGCAGAAUGAAGAACAUUAUGCUGAAGCUUUUGCUUGGUUCAGCGAUUUGUUGGUAGAACAUGCCGAAAUAUUUUGGUCCCUCUUUGCUGUUGAUAUGGACCGAGUUUUAUCCGAACAGCCACCUGAUACAUGGGAUUCGUUUCCACUCUUUCAAAUUCUCAACGAUUAUCUUCGCGCCGACGAUAAUCUCCGCAAUGGACGUUUCCACCAGCAUCUACGAGACACAUUCGCCCCAUUAGUUGUACGCUACGUAGACCUAAUGGAAUCCUCAAUAGCUCAAUCCAUCAAUAAAGGCUUCGAAAAAGAACGCUGGGAGAGCAAAGGCAAUGGUUGUGCUACAUCGGAAGAUCUGUUUUGGAAACUUGAUGCCUUACAAUCUUUUAUACGUGAUCUUCAUUGGCCUGAACCCGAAUUCCGCCAACACUUAGAGCAACGUCUCAAAAUGAUGGCAUCCGAAAUGAUUGAGCAGUGCAUUGCGCGAACAGAUGCAUCAUUCCAAUCGUGGCUAAAGAAAAAUAUCGCAUUCAUUUCUUCAACCGAUUAUAUUGUGCCAUCGGAAAUGUGCGCCAUGGUAAAUGUGAUAUUAAACGCAAAAAAUCAAAGCUUUAAAUUAACCACCAUAGACGGAAUUGAUUUGUACAAAUUUCAUGCUAAAAUUGACGAUCAACUCGAUAAAGCGAAUGUAGCCAUGACACAAGGCCUAAUAGGUAAACUUAUGUCAGUGCUAGAGUCGACUUUGUCAAAAUUGGCUCGAUACGAUGAAGGUAGCUUAAUCGGUUCCAUACUUAGCUUCACGAAUGUCUCCAGUUCAGGUAAAGAUUUAGGUCAAGGCUAUGUAAUAUUUUUCCGCAACAACAUGGAGCAGAUUCGAGGAAAGAUCGGCGAUGAUCUAUGGUCAUUGAAUUUCUUUGAACAAUGGUAUACACAGCAAGUUAAUAUGCUUUGCAAUUGGCUUUCUGAGCGUUUGGAUCACUCACUCCACUAUGCUCAGGUGCAGGCGCUUUCACACAUAGUAAAGAAAAUCUAUUCGGACUUUGAGCUACAAGGUAUGCUUGAGGAAAAGCUUAAUUCCAAAGCAUAUCAAACUGUUGCCACGCGUAUGGCUACAGAGGAAGCCACUUGUGCUCUAACCAUGCCUGAUGUUGCAGAAGGUGACGAAACUGCCGAGGAUGGUAGAGAACUCGACGGCAUUGAAGAGGAGGGUGCCGAAGAGGAAACCGCUACGCCACGCGUUAGAAUGCCUCAGCCGAAUCUAGUUUCGGCUCAGGCAGCAGCAGUUACCAACGUUGUGGCCGGACGCGUCGGAAAUCUCCUCGGUAAAGGUAUUGGUGGAUUGAGCUCAAAACUUGGUAGUGGUGGUUGGUUCUAAUGCAUAUAUUGCUGGUGGUUAUGAUGAUGUUGGUCGUCGUCUUUUUUGUCUUCGUCGUGCUGAUAAUGGUGGAGCUGCAGAUGAUCUCUUUAUCUAUAUAUCUUUAUCUCCCCUACCCCCCAAUUCUCCUCUAAUAGCUUCAGUUAUUAUAUUAACAACAACAUCAACAACAACAACAACAAAAUAUAGGCACAUUUAUGGAACAAUAUAUUAACGAAUAGAUACCAAAAAUUUAAAUUUUAAUUAUAUCUAACAUUAUAUUAAAUAUAUAUAUUAAAUAUUAUUAUUAAAAUUAUUAAUUAUAUUAAUAUACUUAAUUACAAAAAACAAAAUAGCAAAACAAACAAAAAAUUAAUAAUAUGUAUUGCAUUUUGGUGGCAGAUGUAGCAGUAGAAAUAAUUAAUUUUUACUAGGCAAAUUACUUACAUACAUUUGAAAGAAACGUCAAAAUAUUAUAUAUAUACAUAACUAAUAUUUAAUUAAAAAAUUAUACCAAAGAUUAAAUAAAAAAUGCUUAUU